AAGGCGGGGCGGAGUUGUUGCCAUAAAGUGAGCGCCUGGAGUGAUAGGGCGGCGGAGUGUGGCAGAGGGUACGGGCGGGUGGUGCAUGGCGCUUGGGAAAGGGUGGCUCCGUGGGAGAAGAGGAGAGAAAACACUUGUUAGCGCUCGGUUGUUUCCCCGCCAUAGAGUUCAAUGGCGGAUGAUGGGGUUACUGGCGGUGGCGAGAUAGAGCUGGAGCAGCUUCAGCGGACGGAGAAGAACGACAGGGGCCUCCUCGCUGUGGAGAGCAGCAGCGCAGCAGCAGCUGAGGACGGCACACAAAAUGGCGGCCGCUCUGAUGCUACCGCUGAGGAGGCGCUGCUGGUGGCUGCUACAGAAGACCAGGCCCCCCCAAAUCUCAGCAGCAGCCAGCGGAAGAACAGCGUCUCCACGGCACAUGAGCAGCAGCAGCAGCAGCCACAACAAACCAGCGACGUGUUGGGGGGUCCUCCCCCUCUCCCCAAGCCCCCUGAAGAUCUGCCUAUUAGGAGGAAUUUUCAGAUCCCCAGGAAGAGCAGAGAAAAGAAAGCACUCUUUCAGCCAGUAGCUAUGGGAUCUCGAGAGUUUGAAGAUGUUGUGAAAAUUUUGCAUUCAUCUUAUUUGGAGUCAGGUUCGAUGGCCAAUUUCAAUUACAAAAGAGCCAGCUUAAUCCAUAGUGAGCUGUUGGAAAAGGAGUUCACAGAAAAACGCAGAGAACUGAAAUGUGAUGGUCGCCUAGAAAAAGAGCUUGUUGAAUCCUAUGCGUUUCUGAUGGUUGAUCGACCUCAGGUGCAAAAUAUAUGUGAAAAAGGGCUACAGGUGGGCCAUUCCAAAAUAACAAUUCUUGGCAGCCCUUCCAUGGGUGUGUAUCUCUCCAGAUAUGCUGACUUAUUACAGGCCAAUCCUGGAAGUGGAGCAACUGGUGACGUGAUUAUUUUUAAAAUAAUAAAGGGAAAAAUGAAAAGCGUAUAUGACCAUAUGGGUGUGAAAACAAUGGAAUCAACAGUUAAAAGUGCAUUAGAUCCAACACCAAAGCAUGAGUGCCAUGUUUCAAAGAAUGCUAAUAAAGUAAAUUCCUUGUUGGCUUAUAGAGCUUAUGAGCUUACUCAGUACUACUUUUAUGAAUAUGGCUUUGAUGAAAUAAGACGAAGACCAAGACACGUGUGUCCAUAGUGCUGUUGUUUCAUUGCUUAUAAGGAUGAAAUGACAAGUACAAAGUUUUUGCCCCCAUCAAGGUCAAACAGCUUUAGUACAGACAGAAGCACAGAUAAGACUAACUACACCUUAUGGAGAGGUCAGCUUUUGAAUAAAGGGAAGCUUUUAUGCCAUGCUGCUUUGAAAUCUGCAACACGCCCUUUCCUUCCAUGUAAACUUCCUGAGAAGCUUAAUGUUGAAACUGUUAUGAGCAUUGAUUCACUAAAGAAGAAAAUUGCACCAGCAUUGUUCUAUAAAGAAACUUAUCAAGGGGCAAAAGAAGUGUGCAAGAGUGGAAUGUACUGUAGCCUUUAUGAGGUUGUGGAAAAGACAAGGUCUGGAAGUAACUUGGAAGGCUUACUGCAAAAACUAGAGAGAGAGAAAUUAGUUCUUGUUAAACCACUUGGGGACAGAGGAUAUCUCUUCCUUCUUUCUCCUUGGCAAAUGACAUCCCCAUAUGAGCACCAACUGGAAGGUCCCCGCAUUCUGCAGGCAUUGUUUCUAUUUCAGGAACCUAGAGGUAUAGUGACUUCAACACAGAAAAGUUCAGCUACAUCAGUACUGCAGGAAAACCAUGAGAUUAUGCAGCUCAUGAAGUUCAUUCAGUCACUACACUUCGCUUUAAUUCAGGUCUCGUAAAACACUACUGCAGACUUCAAUACUGUUGUGGAAAAGCAUAUAAACGAAUAUUUGAAGCGAAGCAUUAGUGGGUCUAGCAAAUAUAGGGAAUUUGUAUUAUACCCUUAUGAAUCACGGCUAGAUGACAGAAAAUUUCUAUAUCCUGCUCCAAAAAACAAAUCCCAUAUUGACAGCUGCUUGCGUAAUUACAUCUUUGGUGCUGAAGCCUAUCAACUGCAUGUUUCUAAAGCAAAAGAAUUAAUGGAGGGAAAUCAGAAGGUUCAGCAGUUCAGUCCUGUUUCAGAUAUGAACCCCCAGAAGAAGACACUGACUUCGCAAAUGCAAAAACUGGGAAAGAAUGGUUCUAAAAUGUGAGGUGCUGCUGCCAAGCAAAAACCCCUUCAUACUGGGGACUAUGAUCCUGAUAAACUCAAAGAGUUGAUUAACUUAAUUCAGUGCAAGAAAAAAAAUGUAGGUGGAGCUGAUACAGAAGACACUAGAAACAAAAGUGGACUGAAGCGAAGACUACACAGUCACUCUGAAAAUCUGCGGAAGCACUUAAAAAUGAGUGAAUCUUCAGAAAAGAAUUGCCAUUAUGAAGAAUCGCCACAGUCUGUUUUCUCAAUAAUUACCGGUCUUGGGGGACGUGAUACUGACUUGAGACAACAAGAUGUAUCCGACCCUGCAGUUACAGACACGCAUGGUCUCAUUAAGUUGCUCUUAGAAACACUAGCUAGUGCAGGACACUUGGAUUCAUCAUUGGCACGGUCUGUAAACCAAGCUUUAGGAUUGGACACUGAUGAAAUAGAGGAUUUAAGGCUAAAACAUGAAUAUGAAUCCAUUCCAGCACAGGAUAAGGAAGAACAUGUGCUUCCUAAUAUUGCACAAGCUGAAAAUGUAAACUUUAAGGAUCCACAUAGCCCAGUGAUGUUGGAAACUAAAGCAACAUGCUUAGCCUAUCCUACUGAUGUUGACCUAAGGCUUUCUGCUAGUGAAGUAGGCAUUGACCACACAUUGCGUUUAAAAGAACCAAGUACUGGAAGUAUUAGUAGCUUUGAUGACUACAGCCCAUGUCCUAGCACUCCUAUUGAACAUGCGUAUCGCAGGCAACAUUCUAGUUCAAAUAAUAUAGGAGAGGUUGGAAUACACUGGAAGCUGAUUCCAAUUACAGGAGGGGCAGGAAGAGAUCCAGAGGAUCAACUGGAAAAACAUGGAGAUAACCAAACAGACAUACAAAAGGGGACAAAAGAAGAUGGACUGUAUACAAGUCAGAUGGAGAAAAAUGAAGAUCAGUGUGCACUAACAGAUCACCCUCUUGCAUCUAAGCACUCCAUAAGUGGAAUAAUAGAGUCUACGUUAUUGGAAGAAUACAAUCUCUUUGUAAGAAAGGUUCAGGAGAUUUUGCAGCAGAAGAAUAUUGCAUAUGUGAGUGGAAUGUCCACUCCUGUCUUUUCAGCCCAAGAGAGGGUAAUGAGACUUUCUAAAUACAUAUGUUUACAGGCCUUAGAUGUCUCUGUCCAAGAGUAUAUAGAGAGGCUGAGUGAAAAGCUGAAUAAUGUUGCUCUGUCAUCUUCAUGUGGUAGGCAUACUCCACCUCUUAAUUCUAGUCCCGAUCCAGCAAGAGAUGCUGUAACUGAGGCUGAAUUGAAUCCUCUGCCAGAACAGGAUGUAUCUGUUUCAAGUGACUUUGACAAUGUACUGUUACCAGAACCACCGAGUAACAGUAUUGUGGAGGAGCCAAACUGUAAUGAGCAGCAUUCAUCAACAAACUUAACCAUAGUGAAAGAGGAAAUGGACCAUGUUAGUGCCACCACAGAGGCUUUACUGACAUCUGAUAAGAACACUUCCAGUGAUGAUCCACUGGAGCCACCAGAAAAGACUCAGAAAUCGCCAGAUAACUUAAACAUUUCAACCCAACCAGCACUCUCGGAUUUUAUAAGCCAGUUAAAACCUGAAGUAUUCAACAGCUUGGUCAAAAUAAUUAAAGAUGUACAGAAAAACACUGUGAAAUUUUACAUUCACGAAGAGGAGGAAAGUACCCUCUGCAAAGAAAUACAGGAAUACCUUACAAAAUUAGGUAAUACAGAAUGCCACCCAGAACAGUUCUUGAAAAGAAGAGCUACUUUAGACAAACUAUUGAUAAUUAUUCAAAAUGAAGACAUUGCCAGCCUCAUCCAUAAGAUACCUGGUUUAGUAACUCUGAAGAGGCUUUCAUGUGUCAGCUUUGCUGGUGUUGAUAGCUUGGAUGAUGUGAAAAACCACACAUAUAAUGAAUUGUUUGUGUCUGGUGGUUUUGUUGUGUCUGAUGAAUCUGUUCUUAAUCCAGAGUCUGUCACAGUUGAUAAACUUAAAAAUUUCCUAAAGUUUCUUGAGGACCUCAAUACACCUGAUGGGAAAUGGCAGUGGAAAGUCCACUGUAAAAUACAAAAAAAACUCAAGGAGCUUGGGAGAAUGAAUGCUAAAGCCUUGAGUCUGCUGACACUUCUGAAUACCUAUCAGAAGAAACACAUGGUUGAGAUUCUGUCAUAUCAUAACUGUGACUCUCAAACACGAAAUGCUCCAGAAUUAGACUGUCUUAUCCGACUUCAGGCUCAGAAUAUACAACAAAGACAUGUUGUCUUCUUAACAGAAAAGAAUGUCAAAACAUUUUCAAAUUAUGCUGAUAAUGGAAUAGUAGUUGCUACAGUUGAUGACUUUAUGCAAAACUUCAAAAAUCUCGUUGGCUACCAUAAUUCAAUUACUGAAGAAAACAACCUUCCUUCACCUGGUGUUCCUGAAAGACAAUCAGAUGCUGUUUUGACAUUAACCCCUUUGGAGCUGGGAGUUGGGAUUUCCCAACACUAAACAUGAACACAAUGCGCAGAAGCUUUUAGCAUCGGAAUAUCUGGACAUUCACACAGAGGGUUAAGUGUGUGUGUUGAGUAAGU